AUGGCCGCUGAAGAGUCAAGUCAGUGGCUUUUUACCGAAGAAGAAGUCCUCAGCGCGCCCUCGAUCAUGGACGGUCUUUCUCCACAGGAAGAACGCUGCCGCAGGGCGAAGGGCGUCAACUUCAUCAUACAAGCCGGCAUUCUGCUCAAACUGCCACAGUUGACGCUGGCUACCGCUGCUGUCUUCUUCCAACGCUUCUACAUGCGCAAAAGCAUGGUCCCGGAGAAAAUGGGUGUACACCAUUACAACAUUGCCGCCACUGCCCUCUUUCUCGCAACUAAGACUGAAGAAAACUGCCGGAAGACAAAGGAAAUCGUCAUCGCAGUCGCUAAGGUCGCCCAGAAGAACGCCUCCCUCAUAAUUGACGAUCAGUCGAAGGAAUACUGGCGCUGGCGUGAUAGCAUCCUCCUCUACGAAGAAAUUAUGCUUGAACUCCUCACAUUCGACGUUGUCCUACAAUCACCAUACACCAUUCUCUACGACCAACUACAAAAGCUACAAAUCGAAGACAACAAACCUCUGCGAAACGUUGCUUGGGCAUUCCUCAACGACAGUUGCUUAACGACACUCUCUCUGCGUCUGCCGGCGAAAGAUAUUGCGAUUGGGGCUAUCUACUUUGCGGCGAAGUUCUUGGGUGAUACCAUACCAGAUGAUGAGAAUGGACAUCCAUGGUGGGAGUUGUUGGGUGGAGAGCCAGGCAAGAUUGUUCGAGCGGUCGCAGUCUUGUCAGAGUUCUGGAGUGAUAAUCCAUUGAAGCGUACGGAGAAUCCAUAUGGGGAAUCGGCGUCCUCUGGAGACGACUUGGACCGGACUAGAAGAAGAGGAUCAGACGGUAGUAGCAUGGCAGCAAGCAGCCCAGAU